AUGGAAGCAAGAAGUGCGAUGCACAUACUCAAUGCUCCAAGCACCAAAAGUCUGAAGUAUGCGAUCCAAUCUGGUCUCAUCAAGAACUGUCCUAUCACUGGAAAAGCGAUCAAUCAUGCCAAAGCAAUCUUUGGACCUGAGGCAUCUACAUUAAAAGGCAAGUCAACAAGACCAACUCCAAAGAAGACGUACGACAACUUCUUCAGUCCACAAGAGGAAUUGUAUCAACAUAAUCGAUCUAUUACCGUCUGUAUUGAUCACAUGGAGAUCAAGAAUGCUAAAUUUCUCACCUGCAUUGAUACCACUGCAGGCUUUCAAGUCAAGACAAUCAAGUGUGAUUGGGCAUUCAUUCCUCUAACGGUUGAUAUGCUAGAGGGUAUGGGUGUUACUAUUGACCCGGCUGCAGCUGGGGACCACGAGCCUACCGCUGAGCGAAACAAUAGGACGCUGAAAGAAAGAGUCAGAGUAGCUCCUGCACGCUUACCCUACAAAGUGGUCCCAAAGGUGAUCACUGAAUGUCUUGGACGUCAAGCCCCCGAGCUAUUGAAUGUCUUUCCCCAGAAAGACAGUAUCUCAUUACAUUUCAGUUUGCAGCAACUCAUUGAUAAUGUCAAUAUCAACUACAAGAGUGACAUGGUUGCUGAACUUGGACAAUAUGUUCAUGCAAUUGGGACGGAUUCCAACAAUUUGAUGGAACCGCAAAGUAUCGAAGCGAUUUACAUUGAACCUACAAAGGGACAAUGUACUGGGCACCGAUGUGUUGAAGCUUGGGCUGCUGCCAAAGGUGUUACUUCCAUGAAGUUUUUUGAUAAGAAGAGAGAUUUGGAGACAUUUCAAGAUGGCAAUCAAAUCGCAGGAGUGGAUGACACAGAACAAGUUUACUUGGAAGAAGCCUUUGAUCAGGACUAUGAACCUAAAGAUGAAGAUGAACGUGAUUUCAAUCUACAUGGACAAUUUGAUGAUAUGUCGUGUAGCGAUAGACUUACUAGGAAGAUGAUAAAAGUAAAGGAAAGUUGA